GAUUGCGAAUUAGAAGCGGUUACAAAUAAUACGUUAAGUAAUGCAUUAAGGCAAUUAGCAUCCUUAGUUUUAGUUGCUAAUGAUAUAUUUGUGGAUUUAACGAAAGAAUUAGAAAAUGUUCAAGAACGUUCAAGGACACUUAAAACACGUCUUCAAUCUAUUGAGGAUCGUGUUUCUCAUUUUGAUCCUAAGAAGGUCACAGUUCCUGAAAGUGAUAUUAGUACAUUUGCAUUAUUACGUGAACAUUACACACGUAAACAUGAUCUAUCUACAGCGUUAUUUAACGCUUCAACACGACCACGCUGUAUACGCGCACUAUAUACAGCAGCCGCUAAAACACCAAUACAUACAAUACGUGAAAUGGAUCGUUGGCGACGUGAUGGCCAUCGUUCAUCACGUUACUUUCAGUGUACACCAAUAUUGGAGGCGAAACGUCGUAAGAUACUCAAACAUAUUGAUAUGGAUAUUGAAACAAGAAUGCCGGCAGCUGUGGAAGAACUACGACGAUGGACAUCAGAUGAAGCAUUGGGUGACAUCACUGUACCACCAGAUUGUGUUACACGAAUUACAGCAAACUCAACAAUUACAACAGCAAAUGGAGGAACCAACGAAGAUCAAAUCGAUACAGCAGGUGGAGCAACGUCGGGCGAUGAAGGAAUCGAUCAUAAAUUACCGUCACCUGAGGAACAAAUUAUUGCCAUUGCAAACAAAUUCCCAGCGGAAAUUGUAGCAGUGAAUGUAUCUCAAAAACGUUUUAAUCGAAUGUGUGCUCAACGACGCUCGUUAUUACAUGUUGAAGCUAGUACAAAUCGACAUACAGGAGAUCCGGGAACCUCCACGCAACAAAAUGGUACUACAGAAUCAACACAAAAUACGAGUAGUACUCAUCGAUCACGUACUAGAAAACCGCGUGCAAAACGACGAAAUACGAUUGCGGGUACCGAUCAAAAAGAAAUACAAGAAGCGAUUUGCGGUAGCGGAGCACAUGAAGGAACAUCAACGGAUACAAACACAUUAGAAAAAGCGACAACGAGUUCUACGUUAAAAGAAAAAAUUAAAACAGUGACACGAAGUAAAAGUAGUGAUUUAUUGCGGUCUACGAAAAAAGAAGCAUCAUUAUCACCAACGGAAGUAACGAGCGGUACACAAACAAUUAAAAAAUCACAUUUCAAUUCAUUAAAACAAUGGGGUAAAAAUCGUUUAAAAGCCAUCAAUAAAUCAUUCGAAUCGAAAAUAUCUUCGGGAAAUCAUAAUGGAAGUGCCAACAGUAGCAGUGAUAAUAGUACUUUUAAAAUUGAAGAUAUCGAUGACGUUAACAUUUAUGAAACUGUUACAACUGUACGCAGGCGUAAAGAAGCAACAGAAUCGACAACGAAUGAAACAAAACAAGAAAAUCAAACAAAUUUACCAAUCUCAACACCUGGAGCUGUCAUGUCCAUGGCAGUUAAACUUCGUGAAAGUUCUAUUCAACGUCGUCGACGAAAUAACAAAGGCAGUGAAGAUCAACAGCUGCACUCAUCAAGUGGUAAUUGGAGCGCAAGUUCAGAAAGUGGACGUACAUCGUCUAUCGGUUCAGAAAUAACCACAACAUCAUCAACAACCACACAUCAACCCAAAUCUAUAUCAUCUUCAUGUACACCUAGUUCAAUAACAAGUCGACGCAAAUAUAACUUAACAAAUCUUAACACAAAUUCAAAUACAAGCUCAACAAGUGAAGGUACGCUCACACCAGAUAUCAUUCAUGAUCUUCAUCAGAACGCAGAAUGUGAUGAAGAUGGUUCAAGUUCUGUGUAUUCUUGUGAUACGGAGGGUUACUACACGUCAUUCCACGUCGAUAGUGGAUUAAAAACAUUGAAAGAAGAGGACUUGAAUACACCCAGUGCUGCGUUACAUAUCACAAAUUGUCUGCAUGAUCUUGAAGAAGAGCGUCGAGAUCAUAUCUUAUCCGCUGAAAGUGAAUAUGAAUUAUUUGGUAAAGGUUCAACAUCAACGACAACAAGCUCAGCUGGUACAGUGUGUACCACGCUAAUGGCGAAUAAUACUCGAACUGAUAGUCAACAUUCGCUAUUAUAUAGCAAUACUAUUAACAAUAGUGGACCAACUGUUCCCGAACGUAAAAGUUCGUUAGAACCACAAUCAACCGGUACAAUUAAACGAAAAAUUACAAAGGCUCAAAUACAUGGAGGUGGUGAUGAAUCACCAGAUUCUGGGCAUAAUACUUCAUCAUCGCCAAUUGAAUCCAUAAUAAACAGUCCGAAUGAAAAUCAACAUUCGUACAGUGAGUACGAAUAUUCCGAAUCAUCAGACUUAGAAGGUGUUGAAAGAAUUGAACGGAUUCGUUUAAAAACUACAAUCAAUUCCAGUCGCAUUCCAUCAAUGUGUGUGAUAACACCAUCACAAAGUGAUGAUGAAGAUACCACUGAUAAUAAAGUAUCGUCACCGAUUGAAACGGAUAUUGAUGCUGAUUUAAAUUUAGAUAAGAAUCAUCGAAUUGUUGUGCAACCAAUUUAUGGUACGAAAAAAAUACAAAUAUUAAAUAUAAACCAACAAUCUGGUUAUGCAACCGUGCACACAUAUGAUAAGCAUGAUGAUAAAUCUGUGACAUCGAGUGGAGGUGGAGCUAUUCAACAGCAACCUCCACAAAUAUUAAAAUCUACAUUGCAGCCAUUAAAUACAAUGUUUGGUAAAUUACGUACAAAUAUAUCAAAUUUAACACAUAAAAAUAGCCAGAAAGACAGGGAAUCAACUGCAGCGACAUCGUUGAAGACUCAGCAAAUGAAUCAACAGCAGCAGUUUGAAGAUGAUGGUGCAGGAGAAUAUGUGACAAUUGCGGAUAUACGAAAUAACAAUAAGACAGCCUCAGGAAUGGUAGGAACAAGUACGGGAACAUCAGGACUUUUAAUCAAUAAUAACAAUAAUAAAGAUAAAAUAACAGCAAAUGCCAGCGAAUACGUGUCAUUGAAUGAAUUACCAACACGAUUAGAUUGCCCAGAAAUGAACAUCGAUUCAUUAGAACGGAAACGUCGUCAAGGAGCACGUGUUACUCUUGAUGCCGAUGGUCAAGUUGUUUACUCAUCAGAUAGUUUACGACGUCGGCAUCGACAUCCUAAUAUCAAUGCACAACAUUCAACGUUCGAACCUGGACCAUUUGUAAAAGAUACAAUUCAAACAACUCCCUCGGCAACUGCUAGUCCAUUGUUAGCACAUCGUACAGCAAAAAUAAUACGUCCAAUAUCAUCUGCAAAAGAUAACGACAAUAAUAACGAAAAACCACAACAAUUAGGUAAAAUUGUAAUACGUGCAACAUCAAAAAGUACAUACGGUGGAGCCACUCCGCCGCCUACUGCAGAUUUUAUUCGAAUGCCACCUACAACAAUUGUUUCACCAACAUCAACAUCACCGAAUCAUACACGUGGAGUUGGCGCAUAUGUUAAUGUAUUAGAUACACCUCCAUCACCAGGUCAUGAAGAAGAAGGACCAGCACAUUUCAAGUAUAACAUAGAUGUUAUAAAAUCAUCUCCAUACAUUGACCAACCGACAAUGGCGGCUCAAUCUCAACAAUUAAUAAAUCGAUACAGUGGUUUAGAUCGUAACAGUUCAAUAUAUCGUACAUUACCAACUCGUAAACCACCAACAUACUAUGAAGAAGCUCCAACCAUUGAAAGAUGCGUCACUCCAGAUAUCACUAGAGGCUUAGAGCAAUCAUCGAAUAACCCAUCGCCCAAAUCAAAAAUACCAAUGGGUAUUAGUAACUUCUUUUCUCCAAUUAAAGAUAAAUCACCAAAAAUAUCACCAAUAGAUCCACGUAAUACUGGUGAAGAUGUUGGGUUUAAAUCAUCAACUCCUACAUCAAAAGUAGCGAUAAAUUUAACAAGUAAAUUAGUACCACCAAAGAAAUCUACGAUGAGCUACGAUGAAUUGUAUGCGGUUAUUCAUAAAAGUAAAAAGAAAUUUGGUAUUACAAGUAGUCCUGAAGGAAAUCAGGCCCAGCAAGCACCUCCACCACGUGAUCGACAUAGUUGGUCACCAAAUUAUAAAGAUAGCACUCAAAUUAGUACAAAAUUAGAGUCAGCAUCUACGAAACCUGUACAAAAGACUUCUACGAUGGACUUUAAACGUUUACUUUUGCAACAUGGCGCGAAAAGUACUAAACUAUCAGCUGUUGAACAGUUAAAACUAUCAAAACCAUCACCACAGAGUCCACUAAAUAUCUUAGAUUUGAGUAGUUCCCCAAAAAGUUUAACAAAUCGUAAAUUACCAACUUCACCUAGUGGCUCUCCAAGACAUCAGUCGUCAUCGUCAGAGAAACAACGCGUUGUACCACGUGUAUUAUUAUCACCACGCUCAGCAUGGAGAUUUGCUUCACCACGCUCAGAUGUUCUCUCUUCGACAAUACUAGAAGAUUGUAGGGAAGAUGAGAAUAGUUCAAAUUCAUUGGAAAAAGAUAAGACAACACUCAAUAUUAUAGAAGAUGAAUCAGAUCAGUCAUCUAUAAUUGAGAGUGCUUCAAAAUUAGAGAAUAAUAAUAUUACUAGUGGUGUUCGUGUUCCUCCUUCACGUCGACAAAUUCCAGUUUUGAGUACAAAUAAAAGUAAAGAUGGCGUAUUGAGUGGAAUGAGUCGUGCUCAAUAUUUACAAGCACAAAGAGAGCAAUUCUUUUUGAGUGGACAAACAGCGCAAGUUGUUCAAAUUUCAACGCCUCAACAAAAUAAUACAAUUUCUAGUACAAAGUGUCCUUCACCUCCUACUUUAGAAACAGCAUUAUAAAAACGAUUUUAACUUUAAUCGUCUUCAAUUGGUUGAUGCCAUGCGUUCUUAUAUCCAAGCUUUAAGUCAAUCUUACAACAUAUUUAACUCAAAAAAUGUGUUUUAAUUCUAAACAGUCACAAUUCUGUAAAAUUACGAUUUGUUUAGUCACAUUAUCAAAACCCAAAUAAAAUUAUCAUUUUUUAAUUCUGAAUAAAUUUUAAUUCUUUUUCGGCAAGAACAAAAAUUUUCAUAAUAGCCCAAAUGUAAUUUUUAAUACGCAAAAAAUCAAAAUACUAAUUUCACUAAAGCUGUUAUAACUUUUUGAGAUAUUUAAAAACUUCAAAAAGCUCUUUUAAUCCUCCGAAAUAGAGUCCCAAAACUUCAAAUAGUAUAUUGUACGUAUUAAUGGAUAUUUUUGUUUAAAAAAGACGAAAUUCCAAAUACCUGCUUCAAAAAACAGCCACGUGAAAACUAAUGUACCUGCCGCAGAAAUCGUCUGGCGAUGUUUUAAAAUCAUAGUAACAAUUUUCGAUUGAAGAAACAUUGCACGCUGAAAUCUACUUUGGUCAAUUUAAAAUUAACCAAAUCAAGAAUGAAAAUAGAAAGAAAGGCCAAUCGAAUAAUCAUAGUCAUACAUGAAACAUUAUUAAACUUUGCUUUGGUUAGCUAUCUUUCUGUUUUACUAUUCCCGAAUUAAGCUAGAGAACAAAGAAAAAUAUUACAAUGGUUGUCCGAGUAAUUCAAACCGUUUGUAAGAGCGCAUGUCAUGAGUCAAAAGUUAUUAGACUGCCAACUUGAUAUAAAAAACAAAUUUUAUAAUCUUACAGUUAGAGGUACUAUUUAUUAUUAAAUUAAAAAUAAAUUAAUUGGUAGUGGUCAUUGGCGUAACUAUACAUAGAUCUAAAGGGAGGAAGAGGCAACACCUCUUUCAGAGCAUCCUCUAGAUCGUCAAUUACAAGUGAAACAAAAAAUGUAACUACUAUAGAUUUUUCCCCGUCCUGUGAAAUAAUUAAAAGUUCGCCAAUGGUAGUGGUCUAGUCGUGUUGCCAUUUUAUUUAUAAAAUAUUUGUACUUUAAAUCUUUACAUCGUAUCGUAUUGUAUUGUAUUCGUACUUGAUUCCUACAAAAAAGGCAAUAAAUAAUUAAAAAUAAUUUUUAAUUAAUUAUUAUUAAUAUAAAUUAGUAAUUACACACAACAUGCAUCCGCAUCGGUGCGGUUCGGACAUGCCAUGUUGUUAUCGUCCAUCGUUUUAAUAUGCUUUAUUUAUUUUAUAAAAGUAUUAAAUAGAUCUUUAGAGUACUAAAAUUAGAUCGCUAACUUGUUAUUGGAUAGUAUGGAAAUUCAUUUAUUUGACAGCAAUUAAGGUCAUUUAAAAAUAAUAUAAAAUUGUUUAAUCCAAAUGGUAUUAAUUUGGGUAUUCACUUCGAACCAAGUAAAUCCUAUUUACACACUUAGAAGCAUUUAGAACCGUACAGUAUUGAAGUUUCGGAAUUUUGUUCCAAUAUAGAUUUUUUCUCCAGUAAACAGUUGUUGCUACUAAUGAAUGCCUUUCUUCGGCCUAAUUAAUAUUAAUUUGAAGUCGAUUUUAAAAGCGAAAAAAACUAAGGUUUGAUGCAGAUUUUGAGUUUAAUUCUGUGCAAGAAUCUCUAUUUUUGUUUAAAUUAGAAUACUUCGACAGCUGUUAGUAUAUAAGACAGUACAAGUAGAGGUUAAACUAAUUUCAAAUGGCGAAAAUUAUUUUGAUAAAAUUUCGACGUAGUUAU